AUUGACUUGUGGUCAGAGGAAAUGCAAGCCAUCUGGGUGCCAAUCGCUAUCUACUGGGUGUAUUCGAGUAUAUUCGAGCUUAUCAUGCGAGCAGAGAUUCCAUUCUUUGAAAAGUAUCGUAUCCAUACCCCCGAAGAACGUAACAAACGCAACAAGGUAUCCUUCAAAAAGGUACUACUUAUGGUUGCCCUGCAGCACAUCAUCCAGUUUGCCGUCGCAGUAUACCUCUUCAGGCCCGUUGACCCACAAAUAAAGGAGCUCGAGAGACAGACCCGUCUGGCCGCAACCACUCGGCACCUAGCUGUCAUGCUGAGCUGGUUUGGAUACGAUGACCGUAAUAAUAAACUUGGUCUCGCAAGCACCCUGGCCACCUUUCUUCGUUCAGUUGCCUUGCCUGCCUUUCAAUUCCUGGCCGCAAUGACAAUAAUGGACUUUCAUCAGUAUGUUCUUCAUCGUCUGGGACACACCAACAAAUUCCUCUACAAGCAUUUUCACUCUCAUCAUCAUCGGCUGCAUGUCCCAUUUGCAUUCGGUGCACUCUACAAUCACCCAGUAGAAGGAUUUAUGUUGGAUACUGUGGGUGGUGCAUUAGCUUAUGAGUUGACUGGAAUGUCACCUUUCCUAGCAAUGGUUUUCUACACAUUUUCGAAUCUAAAGACAAUUGGUGAUCACUGUGGAUACUCUUUUCCUUGGGAUCCUCUCACUGUUUGCUUUGGUAACAAUGUAAUCUACCAUGAUAUUCAUCACCAACCAUACGGUAUCAAGAAGAAUUUCAGUCAACCUUUCUUCACAAUCUGGGAUAGAGUAUUUGGAACCGAAUUUACCGAAAAGGACGCACAGGCC